AGAAUAUUAAGUUCUUUUGGUUUUUUAGUAGAAUUUGGAAUAUGUAGAUGGUUAACUAUUUAAAAUAUUAUAUUAUUAGUUCACUUUUUGAAACGAAAACUUAAAAUUUUGCCUGACAUGACUCAUUGUGGAGAGAUGUAAUACUGUGAUGGAAUAGUCUAUUAAACUGCAGAGCACAGCUCUGUGAGGUAAUUGAAGGCCCAGUAAAAGACACUCUUGGUUUACUUAAUGUUUCUGCCAUAAUUUCUGAAGUUCUGCCUGCAUUCAUGAUGUGAUGGGUAACAUUUCCCUGGGGAGGGUAGCAGCAGUCUGGUUCUGUGUGCAUCAAGAAUCGUCUGUGUAGCUAUGUGGAACUAGUUUGAAUGUGUGGUUUGAGGCUUGUAUUUCAACAGUAGCUAAUAGUGAUGAUCUUUCUGUCAUUAGAUGUGCAUGAUAGAUAACGAUGCAGUUUUCAUAUUUUUAUUGCCACUGUACUGCCAAUGCAUGUUAUAGAUUGUAUUUAGAAAGUAUGUUUGUAACUAACUCUGAUAUAUUGCUUUUUAAAGGUGAUCAAAAUAAGCACUGAAAUAAUAUCCAUGACUUUGCAUUCUGUAAAAAAUCGAUAUGUGCCCUCUCUGUAUUGCUGAGCUUUUAUAGUGUCUUGAGGAGCAGGACAUUAUUUCAAAAGAGGAAGUUAGGUCUGCCACAGAGGAAGCAUUAUAUUAUGGAUUAAAUGCUGUCCUUGUCAUCAUUGAAACACACUUUUUCUACUCUCUUGUUACAUUCAUCUUUUUUUCCUUCAUGCAGUCUUCCAGUUCUUUAGUGGAGUUGCAAACAACGAGUAGUUUUGAAAAUUCUGUGUAGCUCUCUUGUCCUCUUUUUGGGAAUUCAUCUUGGAAUGUUUGCUUCUGAAAUACUUCUUGAUUUGAAACUGGAUAGGUAGAAAAAUGCUUUUUUUCUGUGCCCAGUUGCUUCCUGCACCCGGGCUUAUGUUUGUAUGCAUGCUCUUAGAUGUUGUUGGCUAGAGCUGUCCCACAGGAGACAUUCUGUCCACUGAGAACCAGGCAGGAUAUUUUGCUUUGUAUUCCCCACCAUAAAAUGCACACGGUGUGAGAUUGAAUAGUAUUUAUGAUCUGUGUUACUCCUGUGCUUUGUGCAUAUUCUCCUCAGCUGGGAUGAGUUCUUAGAUGAUGCAGAGGAAUUGAAAAAGGGGCUGAGAAUUGGUUUCUGUGACUUGAUUGAAUUUUUUAAAAUAGGGUUUUUUGACUGUUAAAAUAAUAGAGCUGGAAAGAGGUGCUGCUAGAAUUAACCUUACUACUUAUCACAAGGGUUGUGAAUGAUUCUGCAGAUGUAUUGUUCUUCUACUGGUUUUCUUCUGAGAGAAGGCUGUGACAUCAGAUGGCAAGUUGAGACCAGGAACAAACAAGGUCUUAGGAUGCAUCCCCUUUGGUUUUUACAGGUAUUGCUUCUUGAAUGAUGUUGUGGAGCACACUCUGGCUUGUGGUUGAGCUCUUUCAUUUCCAGAGCUCGUAAGUGGUUGCACUGAAUAGAAAGAGACAGUGCCAUUGAAACAGUGCUGGCAGUCAGGCGUGGAUUCCUGGUAGGCAUUCUCAGUGGUAUUGCCAUGGGAUCACAGCCAGGCAGUUUCCUAAAUAAGCGUGAGAGUCCACUGGCAGCUCCGACAGAGCAAAUGCUACUUAUAGCAUAGCAGCGCCUCAUUGGUGAGUGAUUGGCUGCUGAUUGUUCUAGCUACUGUCCGUUAAAUAACGAGUUUUGGCUAGUUGCUUGACUAAAAUUGCCAAGUGCAUGUUUGUUCAUGGCCAGGCUUUCAAAGAGUGGUUAUUGCACUAACUUCACUCCUCACAGUUAUGACAGGCUUUUGCUAUACUUCUGUGUCAUGAGACAGUAUCAGAAUGUGAGGUUAAGGUUCUAGAAUUCUGUUAAACAAUAAAAAGCAAAACAGCAUGAUCCAUACUUUCACCUUUCUGUAAGUUUAGUAAAAUAUAAUUGUUUUUAAGAUUUCCUUCAAUAUUAUGGGGAAACUGCCCAGGUAAUUCCUUCCUUAUCUCUUCUACUUCCAUGUAUCAUCCUUCAAAGUGUGUUGCAAGAUUUCUGUUCAAUGCAAAAGAGCAUUUUCAGCUGAGUGUCAAAUCCAACUGUAUGAAAACAGAAUUUGUUUCAGCUUCACCAGCACAAUAAAAUCUACCUUGUGUAUAAAUAGUUCAGUAAAAAAUACCCAAACCAACCCUAAAAUCUAACUAUGUCUUAAAAGACUUUAGUGGGACUUAAAUAUCUGAGAAGUCUAGUAAUGGAAUAUGUUGGUAAUACUAUGUGCCUCUUUACUAGUGCUGUUUAUGAACAAGUGUGCAAAAAGUAUAUUCAUGUAAAUAAAAGGGUUUUUUCUUUUCUGACUUUCUGAACCUUUUAAUACAUUUGCAGCUAGAAAAUGAUAGAAGUGAGUACUAGGAAUGCAUUCUUGGUCCAUGCUCCAGUGUUUAGCAGUGUUUAGCAUUGCAACAACAGCACUGUGUAGAAAUCAUUCCAACUUUCUUCCACUGAUUUUUGGGCAUGUAUUUAUUUUUCCUAAGAGAGUAGACUUAACUCAUUUGCUUUCCUUUACUUGCAAAGGGGUGGAGAGUGUCAUGGUUUGGGGGUUUUUGGUGUUUGUUUAUGGUCUCUUGGCUUUUUUUAGGACAAAGCUGUUGAGGUCUUCCUUCCAGUCUUUGACUUGUAAAAUUAUUAUUUAAAUGGUAUCUGCUGUCUUUGGUAUGUGUGUAACAUCAUCCAGUCCCAAGUACACUAACCUUUCUUGACUUCUUAACACUGUCUUUCUUCUUUCUCCUGUCACUUACUCUUGCAAAAAAAAAAAAAAAAAAAAGACCUUACUUGCUUAAGGUUAAUCAGAAGAUUUAUGUAGAGAAACUUUCUGACUUUGCAUAUACAAGUUGCUUGGAUUGUCUGCUGUGCCCUACAGGUAGUUUAGUUUUAACCCUUUCCUUAUGCAGGGAAGGAGAGGUCUUCCUGCUUCAUUCAGUACUAGAUUAUGAGAGGGGAGUGAUGAUGUAUUUAUACUUAUGUGGGAGCUUUGCAUCAAGAAAUCUCCAGUACCAUAAUGAAGAUAUUGGAAUUAGUUACUUUUUAAACUGUUUUAUUAGCAUCUUCCAUCUUAUUUUUAUGCAGCAUGACCUGCGAACUGAACUUCUGAAUGAUUUCUGUGUUAUUCAUAACAUUGUUAACUAUUUUUUGUUUGGUUGUUUUCAUUAUCUUUACCCUGAGGUUAUAUUGGAUACAGCAUCUGAAAUAUUUUGCAUAGUAGUGUCAAAAAGCAUAGGGUUUUUUCUAAGAAAAAACUCCCUUUUCCUUAGUACUUUAUUAAAUGUUUGGGUUGUCCUUGAUCUGAUUCUAAGUCUGAUUUUUGUCCCACCACAGCCUGCAAAAUCAAUUUGGCAGUUAACUUCUUGAUCUUCCAUUCUGCACAAAUGUAUGUAGAGGCUACAUGCACUCUGCUUUUUGAGCCUAGAUACCUAACUCAGAUGGUGUGGAUGUUUUUAUGCUUUAUAAAAUGGCUUAUGUGCAUGUCACCUGUUUAAAAACCUGUUGCUUUGACUCAUGUCAAAUCUUUUUAUCCACUGAGUCACAAAAACCGUGAUUUAAUCUCUUGUUUCCUAACACACCUAUGUGCUAUUAAAAUUCAAAUGUCUUGUCUGUUUCUGGGUGUCUCUUAUGGUCAUCUGUUACUUUAUUUUAAAGACCCAAACAUAACUUCCAUCCCUUAUGCUAGACACAGCCAACUUGUCUUCUAUUAGGCUGUGGUCUGAAAAAAAUCUUUUCUCAUUAAAGAUUUAUAUCUGAAGUCUAAUGUGGCACAAUUCCUGUCACAUUACUAGAAGUCUCCCUGAAAAGCAUUGAAGAAAGUGUUCUUGGAUGCCAGACGUAGAAUCAGAAAGCACUGAUCAUGUUUCACUGAAGUUGACUACUCAUUUUAAAAUUAGAUUUCAUUGUUUGUUGGCUCUACUGAUGUGUCAUACCAGUUGAAGAGCUGUUCUACCUUGCCCUAAUUUUCCAGCUUUUUAAAAAGAUCCUUGUUUGUUCUUACAGUCAGGAACCAAAAGAUUUUGUUAGUUUUAAUUCUGUUUCUGCUACUGAAUGGGAGGAGAGGGGAGAUUAAUGUCAUGACAAGUAUGUCAAAACAGCUUCAUUUUCUGGCAGCUGGACCAUGUUUUCUACCCAUCCCUCUUCCAUGUUCUAGAGUUAGUAAGGGAACUGCUUGCUGUGGUGUAAAUGAACAAGACGAGAUACCCUGGCCUGUAUGAAUGCACUUCAACGUGCUUCUUGUGGAGGAAAAGGAGGAAGAAGAAGGUGAUGAUUUAAUAGGAAGAGCAGUAACACCUCAUUUUUGUGAUGGAGUACCGUCUCCAGUUCUGAAGAGUGAAGAUGGAUGAAGGCCUUCACCAAUAUUUUCCGGUGUUCCCCUCCUGCUGGUGGCAGCAGAUGUAUGGCACUGUCAAAUUCAACAUUCCUUUACGGUCUGGACCUGGACCCUGGCCCAAGUUACUCAUAAAUAAAUAUACACAAGGAAUUCAGCUAUAUGUUUUAGUAGUUAUAAGCUACUUUUACUGCGUAGAUGUGUUGGGUUGAAGGGAGAAUAUGCAGAAAACUCCCUGUGGAAUGAAAUUUAUAACUCUACAAAAAUGAUUUUUGAUUUUCUUUUUUGGCUUUUAAACCUAUUCCGAUUUGUAACAAGCUGGCCCUUCAGAGUAUGCUAGACUGUAGCUGCUAUCAGCAAAACUUUAUAAAUCCUUUAGAAAAGUAAUAGGAAGAAGGUGCCAGCAAGACCAAGAUCUGAAUGGGCAUUUAAAGGUCUGAAGGAAGAUAGAAAAAUGGUAAAAGCCAUGAAAUAAUUCUUCUUUUUUAAACCUCGUUGUAAAUCCUUUCAUGCAUCUGCUGCUUUGAUUUGAUUCAGUGUGAGAUAGAGAUCUAAGAUUCAAGUGUAAAAUUUUUUUCUACAAGAAAUAAAAAAUAUAAACUAUAUUUUAUAGUUUAUAUAAAAACUAUAAAAUUUAUAGUUUAUUUAUUUUUAUAGUAUAGAAACUAUAAAAAUCUUCCAGCCACUUCACACUUUACUGUUAGCAAUCAAGUAAAUGAGACUGUGGGCUAAUACGAUGUGCGACAAACUUCUGCAUCUGCAUAAACUUUUUCACAGAGCAGUAGGCAAACACAAUUAGGAAACUAUUUUCAUUUUAAAUAUUGAUGUGGUACUGAAUUAAGAGAUUAAUUGUUACAUGGCUUUUUAACUAAUCAGUGUCACCUACAGUUUAAAUAGCUACUCUUGCCACUAUGUGCCUCAUUUGGGCUACAGCAAAUUAAUGCCAGAUCAGUUCUUUCUUGCCAACCCUUGUCCUUAUGAAGAUGUGAAUGUGGUCCAAAUAAUUAGCAUUUCUAGUGUCACAAAUUGCAUUCCUUAUACAGUGUGGUCAACUCAGCUGCUUUAGCAGUAAAAAUAGUCAUUGUGGUACACAUUCCACUUUCAGUGUUGUAUUCUGUAGUUUAUUCAUCUGGCUCAAUCCUUAGAGAGGUCUUUAUACCAAAGAAGAUAUGUUCCAGGAAACAAAAAUAAUUGUUCUUUUGGGAUGUUCGGAAAAAAACUUUACUCAGAGGCUUGCCAAAUUCUUACACAGCUGCUAAGAUGAUAUAAUGUUUUUCUUGUUUGUCUAAGAUUGUAAAUAUGAACUUCCUUCCUCCUGCAUUUAUAAUUAUUCUAGCUCUAUGCAGAAUUUGUGAUAAAUCUCUUCCAAAUUUCUGUUGAGUGAGAGUAUCUAUGAAAUGCUUACAGACUUCAACGUGCAAUUUAUAUUUGCUUAUAAAAUGGGUGACCUAAUUUUCUGUGAGCUAGAUAUAACCUCCUCCCAUAGCCCUGCCAGAAGAAUGUAUGUCUAGAAUAAGAGUUUGUCCUGGUUUUAUAUAGCAGAAAACUCUUCAACUGUGAGAAUUCAUGACCGGAAUACCCUUAAUCCUGAGAGGUGUUCACUAAGGUUAAGUUGCAGAUUUGGUCAGACUUCCCAAACAGGCUCAGAGGGGAUGGUAGGUUCUUUUUCGUAUGUGUAUGUCCGGUAUUCCUGCGUUUGUUGUGAGCCACGUUUCCUGCUGCUCUCCAGAUUACACUGAAGGAAAUGACAGCACUGGUGAUCAGCCUUGUGGACACAGGCUUAAGUAUUUAGGAAAGGAACUGAGCCUGGCUGCACCAGUGAUGUAAACUGAGGUUGUAUUUGCCUUAGGAAGGGGCAUGGCUCUUGGAGCUUGAUGCAGACUCAGUAUGCAAUAUGGUAUUAAGCUCAUUUUUUGCCCUGGUUUUCUAAAUUCUAAUGCUUAAAAUUGUAUCUAAUUAUUUUUGUAUGAAGACGUGAAUUUUUAUGUUCUAUAGAAAAAACUGAAAUAGUGUGUGUUAGUAAUAAUAUAACACAUCUACAAAAAUGUUGAGUUUUUUUAACAGUCUUGUAGUAUCAGUGUCUGUAAAAGGUAUUAUGUUGUGUUAAUUUUUGUUGAUUAAGCCAUAUCUUGGUAAUAUCAUUACUUUUCUAUCAGGGAAAGAUGAAUAAAAUGUCUGGCUAGUUAGACUUCCUGCAAACUUCCCAUUUUCCCAUUGAGUUCAGGAAAGAUUGAGCCUCAGUGACAUCUGAUAUUAAGGUGUAAUGGCAAAAAAAAGCAGGAACAUUUCUUUCUUGACAAACUGUUGCUUACCUGAAAUUUUCUGAAAUUUUUGUUGGACUCUUGACUUGUAUAACAGAACAAUAAUAAAUACAGUAUCUGUAUUUUGCGAUGCUCUUUAGAGCCAGAUAAUUUCAACACCAACAAGCUGUUUGUGCAGAGUAUCAUAAGGAACUUCAUCCAUUGCCAAGAGUACUGGUAGUUGGCUGGUAGCUUUGUUUGAUUACUGAGCUCUGUAUAUCGCUUGAAACAAAGAAUUUCUAAGAUACCUUAUGCAUCAGGAAAACUUUAAGAGUAUCCUAGAGAGAUAUGUCUCUGCUGGAAAAGGACAAUGGAAAGUAGUCAUUCUCCCGGCCUUUUCCAGAAAGCAGAAUAUAAGGCUGUUUCUUCAUCUUUCUGGAAGAGAAAAAGAAUUGCAAACAUUGAAAACCAAAACUUUGGUGUAGUUGCAAUUAGAAUUCUAUUAAAAAACUUAGCAUUAAUGUAUUAGGGAGAGUACAGCAGAGUAUAUACAGCAGAGUAUACAGCAGGGUUCUUGUGAGUACUUUUUACACCAAGUAAAGGUGUAGCAGAAGGUACUUUGAAAGUGUCAUUCCAAAGGAAUUCUACAGUCUUGCCUCUGGCAAUGUAGUGAAAAGAUUAAAAAAAAUUUACUUUGUGAGAGUUACUCCAGGCUUAGUUUGGCACUUUUAAUUUCUGGUCAUUUCACAGAAUUUUGUGAGCCCUUACUAUUCCUUGCCUGGAAUUAUGAGUGAUCCUAGUAUUCUUAUGAAAGAAUUUGAAUUUAGCUCUUUUUGAAAAUAUUGCAGUAUAACAUUAACCUUUCGUGCUCUCCCACCUGCUUCCCCACUCCCCCUCAAACCAGAUGCAGUUUCACUGGUAUGUAGGGGGUUCAAAAGCACAUGGUGUAGUCUGGAGGGCUGUGAAAAAGUGUAGGAGGAAAGGUGCUCUGUUACUUCUGCCUGAAGCUGGUCACCCCAUUUCUCAUUGCUUACUGCACUCAGUGCUGGUGGUGCCAGCCGAUUGUGGAUGCUCAUCUGAAUGAAGCCACAUGCAAACAUUAAUACAAAUGUGAACUUAAGUAUUAUGAUGUAACCAUUUUCGUAUGAAGGCUGCAGAAUUAUUUCUUACGCUGCCAGGAGAAGCAGCCUCUAUCGGCUAGUUAAUGUGUAUAAGUCAGACUACCAGGAAUUGAGGUGGCUUUAACUUCAUGCACUUAGUAGUAAACUGCACAGUUGUGUCUGCAUCCAAAGAAGAUAUUCAUAGAAUCACAGUUUAGCUCAAGUUGGAAGGGACCCAGUAAGGAUCAUCGAGUCCAACUCUCUGUCCCUCACAGGACUACCUAAACCAAAACCAUAUGAAAUGACUUAAGAGCAUCAUCCAUAUGCUCCUUGAACUCUGGCAGGCUUGGUGCAUGCCCCUGGGGAGCGUGUUCCAGUGCCCAACCACUCUUUCAGUGAAGAACCUUUUCCUGAUGUUCAGUCAGAACUUUCCCUGGUGCAGCUUCAUGCCUUUUCAUGUGGCAAAGGAAUGUUUGCAUCCAAGGGAAGGAUGUCUUGUUUGUUCCUGCUAACUUGGGAAAACAGUGCUACAAAGACGGGCCUGGUAAACUGUACUGUUUAGUGGAAUUUGUGUUGCAACAGCUAUUCAAUUGUACCUUUAUGUCAUCAGUUCUGUGAUGCUUUUUAACAGAGCUGUGCCUUUGCUCAUGCACCAAAAGAAUCAAAUGUUAUAAAUACUUAGAGAGUACUCUAGUGAUUAGCUUACAUUGACAGGACUUUUAUUAUAUAAGUAAUGUAUAUGUUUAAAUUACAUGUAUCUAUACAGAUGUAUUUUCAAGCAGACAUGUUGCCUUUGUGUUGGUUCUGAGACAAUUCCACAGAUACAAGCAAGGUUCUGUGCUUGUGGAAUAAAUUUUUAAGUUUGCAGAAAUGUCUGACCUGUGCUUGUAAGCAUUAAAUGAAAAAGUGCAAACGGUAAGAUGCUGUUUUUGUGUUUAGCUAAUGGCAUGGGCAUGCUGUGUUUUCAUACAUUUUGCCUCAGUGCUACAGAGUUUAACUGGAAGUUUUCUGAGUUCAGAAUUAUAAAUGUAUUUAUGGGUGGUAAUGCUUUGUGGUUUUUUUUUUCUUGUUCCUACUUCUGUUUAAAUGUAGUCUUCUCUAGGGAUUAACUUGAUAUCUGAAAAGUACUGAAAUAUUAAGUGCUUGUAAUAAAAAGUACAAGCUUUAAACAUGUCUGUAGUGAAAGAAUUCAUUAAGACUUGUCAUUUUACUAAUUUGGUAAAACUGAUCCAAAUUUAACAUAAAUGCGAAUUCAUCAAAAUUAUACUGGUUUUUCAAUGUCAUACAUAUGUAAUUGCAUGUGCUCUACAGCAGGCAGAAUUUGAAAAUUUCUCUAUAUUAAUGGCAAAGGUAGACCUUUCUGCUUAUUAUGAGCUUGAGAACAUAAAACAAGUGCUUGAAUCUUACAGUAUACUCUGAGCUAGAAGUGGAGUUGCAGGUUACAGGCGAGCCUGUUACAGGUGAACUUGCUGCUUCCAAAAAGGGGAUGUCCCAAUUAUGUGUUUCCCUGUCCAUUCUCCCAGCUGUCUGGUAUGAACCCAAAAGAAAGUGUUGGCUCUAAUAUUUGUCCGUCACAGGGCAAUCUGUUGCUGCUUGUGACCUCAGCAGAAAGACUGUUUUGUGUUUGGAGUGUUGAGUAGGUUUUCUGAUAGUUUAGAAGGUUGAGCAGGCUCACUGAUGUUCUGGAGCAACAUGCUAAUGGAUGGAAAGAGAUUUCUUCCUUUUCACAACAGCAAGGAGGUGUUGGCCUGGCUCAAGCUUUAAUGUGUAAGUUGUUUUAAACUGGAGGAGUGGGAGCUUAAAAUAAAAUAAGAAGAUAUCAGGAAAGAUUGUAGAGACAUUUUUCCAAAAACUCCUUUGAAAACUAGUGUAGAAAGUUUAUCCUGGAAUAGAGAGAAAGAUAACUUCACAAUUUAAUUGCUUCUGAGCCAGUUGUGUCAGUGUUUUCUAAAUGCAAAGACAACCUCCAUCCAAAAUGUAUUGUGUGGGGUUUUUUUGGUUUGGUUUGGUUUUUGUUUUUUUUUUUUAAUAUUCUGCAGCACUUAAAUGCUGAUAACAAUAAGAAAUUGACUGAAUUUCACAAAUGCAUUGCUAAAAAGUGUGUAUAGAUUUACUCCGCUGAUAAUAGUUGGGGGUAUAUUUGAUGAAUGCAUUGAUCCUGCAGAGCAGUGCAGGUAAGCGGGUAGGCUGCCCCUUUGCCAUUGGCAUGUUUCUGAGAAUAGGGUAAGUGCAAGGAUUUGCUGCUGGAAGUGCAGUAAUAUUUUGGCGCUCAGCUUCUUCAUCUGAACAGAUGGUAUAUUUAUCCAAGGGGAGGACAGGAAGGAAAAAGGAGGAAGAAUGUGCUGCAGCUCCUCCUUUCCUAUGUGACUGAAACUCUUGGGUAUGCACAGCCCAAUGUGUGUUUCCAGGUGAAUUUGUUUCUGGAGGGGCAAGCACAAAUGAUCUGCUGCCUUUGGCAUGUCACAGAGCCUGCUCCCAGCUUUGCUUUUCGUGGGAAACUUGAAUGGGCUGUGGAAAUGAUUUUGAAAGUUACUACCCUAUCUGUCUUGAGAAAUACGUAAGUUGUCUUCACCUGUGGCUUCCAAAUGAAUAGUUCCAAAUCCAGCGUGGUGGAGGAGAGCCUCUCUAGCUGCCUGGACAGCAGUCAGAGUAGCAGCUGUCAAAAGAAAUAAUCCUGCUUUUGCUGCUGAUCAUUCUGUGGGAGGCUGUUGUGAGCUGUCCUGCAGAGUUCCAUCCUUAAGUGCUUGGAAGCUGCUGGACCUUUGAGGUUCACGUUCAGCAGUGAGGGGAGGGGAUCUGCCCCCAGACUGAUGACUGACAUGAAGUAUCUCAGUCCUGUCCCCCUGAAUUUGUGUCUCUCAGCAUGGAAAUUAGAAUAGUAUUAAGUAUUUUUCAGUGUGACCCUUCCUUAGAAGAUGUUGAAAAAAAGCACAUUCAUUUUUGUUGUAUUUGAAAAAAAAGAAAGUUACACAUAAAACAAGUUAAUGUGUUUACUUUAAGGUGGCCUUGUAUCAAUCUGAUCUAAGAAAUGCUACUUUUAAAAACAUUUUUUGUAAACUUAAAGGUCAUUUUCAUCAGCCUAUGCUGUUCUUUUUUCUUUUCAUCUAAAUCUGCCCUAUCUUUACCACAGCAUCAGACUUGGGUAGGAGAUAUGAAUAAUUGAAUACUAAGUGACAGAAUUUCCAAGUAGGUUUGUAAGCAAAACAUAAAGUGAAAUGUAAUGCACAGCAUAUAUGUAUCUGUGUGUAUAAUAGCAGCUCUGAACCACCUGCUUAGGAUUACCCUUCACUGAAUUAAAAAUCUCAUUAGUUUAAGUGUUUGAGGAAAGAUAAUUUUUUGGGAAGAAAACAUGAAACUUAUGAUUUUAAGUGGCAGUAUGGAGUCUGCUGAUUUACUUGAUUGUUUCCUCCUUCUUCCUCCUGCCCCCCCUUCCAGUAGCAAAACACUGUCGUUAGUUUUCAUAUACAAGAAAAGCUUAAUUCACAAGGCUACCAAGUGUGGUGGCAGCAGAGUUUACAGUAGUUGUUUAUGUGACUCAUUUGCUGAGCUGCUUAGACAAGGUCUCCACAGCUUAAGAUCUGAACAGCAUUUCUUAGGAAUGCUGGCCUAAUCCCAUGAGUUUAAAUACUUCUGUUUAAAGUCCUCCUUUAACAAAACCCAGCUGUCAGCCCCAUCUUCAUGAUUCGUUUACUGUGUAGAAAUUUCAUGUUUGCUUUCUCAGUGGCAUAACUUACACUGUAUUUUUUUUCCUUUUUGCUGUGGAAGGUAAUUUCCUUACUUUUUCAGGAAUGCAUACUUUAAAACAUUGAUUCUGUGUUAAAUAUUUACAUCUGGUCUUAAUCUUGAGGCAAUUAAAUUCUAGAUAAAGUCUUUUGCAAUGCAUCAGUUUGUGUUAACUGGCUUUUAGACUUCUCUAACCUUUGACAUAGCAAAACUUUUUUAUGUUGAGGCUUCUUUCUUGCUUUAAAUACUUUUUUUUCCAGGGAGUGGUACCCAGUUGUAGUGUUUCUCUCUGCUUCCCUCCCUCACUUUCUCGUGCCAAGAUUUAUUUAGAAACUGAAGUAAUGCAGCCUUUCAGUAUGAACAUAUAUCUUUUCAGAAUAUCUUAAGUAGACAAAAUUAAUUUAAAAAAAUUUUAAUUAGUUUCAGAAGGCUUAUAAGCUAAAGAUUAAGGUCAGUGCUCAGUUGGCAGUGUUUAGGUUCCUGUUGGCAGUCUGUGACAAAUUUCAUACCUUCAAUUGCUGAUACUGGUUUGAGCUAUUGUGUGGACUUCUUGCUUUAAGAUCAUUAAACCACCCUUGAGAGAAAGGAUGUUGAAUUAACAGCAGAAGAAAAAUCCCAAGAGAAGAAAGUAUUAAAAAGAAAAAAAUGUCAGGAGAACUAUUGUCAGUUUUCGAUGGGUUUUUUACUUGGUUUAAUUUUUGCGGGGUGGGGUGUUGUUUAUUUUGUUUUCUUUUCCUGGGGUUGGUUUUGGGGGGAGGGGUCAGAAGCUCUGGAGAGAGUUCUUCAGUGACAUUCUGCUAAAAUGACAAAUAAGAAUUAAGUGGUAUUUUCAGCUUUUAUCAGUGGUGAGUAUGUCUUUCUAAAUCUGCUCAAUCUCUCCUCUUCAGGAAUUUGUGCAGGCUUUGCUAGAGAAAAGUGGUGGUGGCAUCCAGCUUUGUCAUCUUGCUUAACCAGAUUUCAUUCAUAAACUGCUUUGUGGAUUGACUUCACUUCUGGAAUGGCUUCUCUUGUACUUUUUGAGGAGAAAAGCAAGAAGAAUUGAGCAAGUGUAGGACUUCCUCCAGGUGUUGUUUGGGUUUUUUUCUCUUACCUGGUGGAAUUCUCAAAAUACAACUUGGAUUCUUAAAAUAUCACCAAGAAAAAUGGUGAAUUGAAGUUCAUGCAGCAGGAUGUUGGCUUUCUAUUUCUUGUUGCAUGUGAGUCUUAUGGGUAUCUGAAAUUUUGCUUAAUCACCUGCAAGACCCAAGGGAAGAUGCUGAUAAAAUACUCUCUUGAAGCAGUGAUUCUCCUGCAGUUUUUAUGUUCACAGACAUAUUUUUCCACCUAUAUCCAUAUCAUGAAGAACUUGUCUGUAGUUUCUCCUUUUCGUGCCACAUAGUUGCUGCCAAGUCUCAUUGUGUGGCAGGGACCCUUUCAGCACAUAUGCCUCACUAGCUAGUGAGCAGUGCUGAUGAACUGCCAUGUGAUCCCCUCCCCUGUGCUUUCACAGAAAGCUGCCCUGUUCCUGCUGACUUCCAGCCUUUUCUUCCAGUUUUGACUGCUGGGGCUCAUCCCUGUCCAGAGCCCCACAUCACUCUUUCUUCUAGAUAUACAAGGCUCUCUCGAGCCCUUCUCUCUCAGCUCUGCUCCCUCAAUGCAGUCCUUCCAAGCCUCCCACAAGACACAGCUCUUGUAUGGAAAAAAACCUCUCCUUACAGACUAAUUCCAUUUCUCAUGGUAACCUCAUGGUGCAGCAUGUACUUCCUCUUUUUUUCCCUCUCCUCUACCUCUCACACUUCAAUAAACACGUGUCCUUCUGUGCAGAGGUUGGUGAUGCUAAAGUGAUGGGGAUAGAGGGGGGUUUUAUGUCUCUCCUUACAGUUCGCUAUGAAGUUGGAGGAUGAAAGUUGACUGCCAAUUGCAGUACUUAAAGCUGGUCUUAUUAGUGGCUUAAAAUAUAAAACUAGUUGAGCCAGGGUAGCCUGUUGAGAUGUGUUUAUUUUUGGUUUAUGGCAGUGUUCUUCUGCUCAGUUUGUUAGAGGUGGGAUUAAAGAGAAUCGGAUGUCUUCUAAAUUGAAUAUACUUUCUCCUUCUUAAAGAAAUGUUUCAGCCAAAAGAUGAUUCCCCUAUUCAUCCUCUAAAUAUUUUUCUGUGUGAUGUCUCUUAAUGUCAUGCUGUUUUGUCAUGGCUAGCUGUAAACAACAAAGUGUGGUGAUUCAUAAAUGCUAAGAAUGAAAUAACUAUGUUCUUGAGAGGUAUCAAACAUUCAUUUGUGGGUCUUCUGAAAAAUAUGCAAUUGUGGUUUAGAUUUUUUUCUUUUUUUUUUUUUCUGGAGAUAGUAGUUCUGGCUAUAGUGAAAUGCCCCUCUUCACAAUGUAGUCUUAAUACUUACCAGGAAACCUAAGUUGCCUUCCAGCCUGUUCCAGCUGAGGUUAGUGUAAAAAAUACAUACCCUGACAUAAAAGCAACCUGUGAAGAAUGUUGUUUAUUUAUCAUAGCUAAAGCAUUACUCAUCUGUUUUUUGAGCCAUGGUUCAUAGUCUGCCACUAGGUCCUUGUGGAAAGGGAUUUGGCAACUACUUCUGAGUCUAGAUAGUACCCACAUCAUACAGAUUUCCAGUGUGUGCUGUGGUGUCUUAAGUGAGCAUUGGCAUAAUGCUUAUUUUUAACCUUUGAGAGGGUCCUUUGAACAAAAAUUAGUUUUUAACUAUUCUAAAGCAUAGAGUAGCUCAGUCUUAUGAGGAAGUACUCUCACCUGCGUGGUAAUUUGACCUAUGACCUAAGUGAUUUUCUUUCAUUUCCCUUCUUCUGGUUGGUUUAAUCAUUCAUUUAUACCAUUUGUAACAGUAAGCACUGUUGAGAUGUUCAAUUUUAUGGGUAGUGGACAGUUGCUUGCUUUAUUUUGCUUUCUUAUAGUUGAAAGACAAUGUAGUGUAUGUGUAAAAAUUAGUUUCUUUCAGUAUUUAUUCUUGGUAGAAAAAGACCCUUUAGGCACAACAGACCAGUCUGUAAAAGGAUGUGAAUUCUCCAGUGAUUGGUUGGCUAAUGCUUCUUCUCAAGUGCGGGGUGAUCCUGAAAGUGCUGCUGUUAGCCUGGUGAUUGUUAUUACUGGGCCACAGCUACAGGAAUAUUUGGGUAUUCCCUGAGAUAUGUGCAUAAGGCCAAAUAUUGCAACAAAAUUCAUACCUAUUCCUAGUCUGCUUGUUCAUAUUUAUUACUCUUUUUUAGCCAUCCUUCCAAAGGUAAAACUGAAUGCAAAGAGAUGCUUCAGCAGUAUUUGUGUUACAAUAACCACAUGAUGAAGAUUCUGGAAAAUUGGCACUAAUGUAGUUUCUAAGUAUUUAUCUGCCUACUGAAGACGGGCUAGACACUGAAAAUUCUCUAGUCUCAGCUGGUUAAUCUAAAAUGUUGGCUUCUGCACUAAUGAGUGUUAUUUUACAGGGUUGUUUUCCUCUCUACUUGAAAAAUACUUUAGCUAAGGCAAGUUAUGUUUUUAUGAUCUAAAUAUUUUUAUAGUUGUCUUCAGGUUGUCUUCAUAAAGACUGUUCAAUGAGACAUGAUGUAAUCUAGGAUGCCCUUUUUAUGGGAAUUAAUUUAAUGUCCACUUGGGUACUCUGGCUGGAAUCUUGGUUCAGGAAAUAGAAUGCAAUGAUUGAUAAAGCCCCUUCUUUUCAAGGCAGCAUCUGUUUGGCUAGAUGUGAGUCAGGCGCUGAAAUGUAUUGGAGGAAGUAAAGGUUUCAUUGUGUGCCUUCCCAACAGCGCAAAUUUCAAAUGCAGUUAGAUUCUUGUUGUGACAUUUCUGUAAUUUUGGUGCUUCUCCUAUCAUACAGGAAAGAAGACCUUAUAAAUGUAUUCCAGUAUACAAGGAGGCACACUCUAGGGACUAAAUUAAAAUUUCAUGUUGCAGUUGUGGAAAAGUAGAGUCAAUAUAAAGUAAAAAUAAUGCAAAGACAGCUUAAAACCAGAAACCAGCCCUAUGGCUAUUCUGCUUGAUGCAUUUUCCAUCUUACCUCUCAAAGCUUUCAGGCAAAGAAGGGGUGGAUGGGCGGGUAUUCUGUGGGUGGUUUUGCUGUGGCACAUCAGAAUGAUUUCCCACUGCUAGAAACCAAGAUGAUGAAGUCAACAUUCUGCUAUCUUCGCUGUGUUUAUUUCAGGAAAUUGUGUGUGCUAGUGUCAACUAAACUUAGAGCGGGAGUGUACAAAUUCUGCUUAAAUACAAAGGGAGCUGCAAAGGAUGUGAAUAUGGGAAAUAGUUUUUCUGUUCUUCAUGCUGCUAGCCAAAAAGAGCUCAAUUCUUUCAUAUUGUCUGUGAAGAAUACUGAGUUGUCAUAUCUGUGUCUGCUUUGUUCUAAAGAUUAGGUAUUAAAUCUGUGGAAGACUAGGGAGCAACUGUGAUAUGUUUGACUUUCCUGGUUAGAAUUUCUGGGGGCGGUUGUUGAACAGUCUGUAAGAAUGUGAGAGGGAUAAGAGUGCUGUCAUGAACAGCACCAAGUUUCAGAAAACCUGUGUUUGCUGUAUACAGCAUUGAUGUGUUUUGGGGGAUUCCAGAAGCAGUGAGCAACUUGCUUUGAUGUUACGAUCUGGUAUCUGAUGAAGACUUUUUCUUCCAGUUGCUUUUUCAAACAAUUGUUUCAUUAGCAGUUGUUAAAAUGUAAGUUAUGUGUUCGCUUGUGUGCUAUAAAUAUUUAUGUAACAAACUUAUAAAUAAUGUAAAGAAAAAUAUUUUAUGAGCUUAGUGAAAAAGGUUGUUGUUUGACUGGGCUUGAAAUACAAACAGCUAGAAGCAAAGGCAAGUUCUUGCACAGGCAUGUGCCUAAUUUUAGGAGGAGCAUUAGAAAUCACGCUGUGAAUGUUUGAAUAACUGUUACUUUCAGCAGCCUUAGUUGAUCUUUUAUUAAAAUUGUAGCCUGUGCAGUUCAAAACAUGCAUUUUCAGACAGCAGAUUUCAUUUCUGUGGUUUCAAAGGUACGUUCUUGCAUGUUGCAUCUAUCAGUGGGCAAAGAAGGGAAUCCUGUGGGCUGUCCUGUUUUGCAUCUCCCAGUUAAACCUGAAAAUAAGACCAUAAAGUGAGCAUGCCUGGUUUCCAGACUUGCUGGAGUUCUGCAGUCUAGACCAACUGCCUGAGAAAAAGUAAAAGACUUGAAAUAUACUCAAACUGUACUUAGCUUUUAAACUCUUUCAGUGUAUUCUGGAAUUGUCUUUGUUCUUUCAGUUGCUCUGAAGAAAUCUUGUACAUUGCAUAUUCUGCUCUUGACUUCCUCUGUUGGAAGAAUAGUAGUUUUUGCUGAAGUACAAUGGCCUAUUUUAAUUUUGAAGAACAGCGUAAAGAACCCAUGUGUGUUAACAUUUGUUUCUCUUUUUUGCCAAUGCUAUUUCCAAAUUGCUACUAAUUAGUUUGUUUUAAAAAAUAAGUGUGGCAUUAAAUAAAAACAAUUUUCCAGAGCAAUGCUGAGUCCCUUCCUUCCUUAAUAAUUGGAAUGUACUUGAGUUGGACAGGACAGAUAAGUUGAAUUUGGGCCAGAUUAUGUAUUGAUGUGAAGAAAAACACCUUCCUCAGCUGGGGAGUAAGGGAGGAAAGGCAGGAAAUAGAUAGUAGACUUAAAUCCAAGGUUGUCACAGUAAUAAGGAAUGCUUUAUACACCUUAAUUACAUCUGCAGUAUCUUGACAUAUGACUGGUUUUUGUGAAACAUACAUUGAUGUCCAGGAUUUCAAGAGGUCACUCACAGUAUUUCAGAGUGUUGGUUAUGAAAGGUCUGCUUUUAAUGAAGUGUCUGAAGAUUUAGCUUUUAUCAGACAUUCAGCAUGUUUUCACCUUGUUUCGUUAGUGCCAAGUCUGGAAAACUAUUGCCUGAAGCAUGGUUUAAAAAAAAGAAAAAUGAAACUCAAAGUUGGCUAAAAAUAGCAUAUUGAAACAGACUUUCACUUGACCUAAGAUUUUUUUCUGAAUUUGAAUUUUUUGGCUGACAGAUUUGUAUCUUAGUUUUUGAAUUUGAGAGGCAUUGGAAUGUCUGUGCUGCGGCAGCCUUGGGAGGUAUUCAGCUAUUACUAUGCUAUUUGAAGCUUAAAGAAAACAAAUGUUCUUUUGUUCAGGUUUUCAUCUAGAUUACUUUUAACAUAAACUGGGUUAUAGAACAUUGGAUAAUGCACAAAGGGCUUCUUAUAACUUUCUAAUCCCCCUCCAAAUAUCUUUUUCAGGAGUAAUUAUUUUCAGAAUACUUUAUGCUUAUUAAGAAGAAACACAGAAAUACUAAAGCAAGUGAUCUGCACUGUCACUGGCUUAGUGUGCUAUUAAAUUUAAAGGAGGAGUUUUAGUGUCAGUUAUAGCAUAAGAAUCUCUGACUGAAAAGUGUGCCAAAUCUGAUUGGUCCCUGUCACAUGGACAGAGUAUUAAUGGGAUGCAAAUGAACAUAUGUGCUCAGAGUACCUAUCAUUGUUUCCAUGACUUUAAUUAUGAAAAAGUCUAGAAACAUGGAACAGGGAUGUGAGCUUUGCCUGUCAGUUUUGUGAAAGCAUUUUAGGUUUUUUUUCUGUUCAGGUAGCCUUGUUUCUUUAAGCAGUCAGGUGAAUGAAUAUUAGAGAUGAAAACCUGCUAGAAUCUUAUGUUUAUGUGUGAACUCUGUACUUAUGUACUCAUAUGGUAUAUUAGUGUAGUGUUCUAUCAUAUACAACUUUUUAACAGAAAUGGGUAUUGGCAUAAUAGCACAGGAAUGAUCACAAAUGAAGGAACUUGGAUGUCCAAAUGGUGUCUGGAGAAAGUAUGUUUCCCAAACCAGGGUGUGCUAUAUAGUUCUUGAGGCUAGAUUUUAAAAUGCAGAAAACCAGUUAUUUCUUGAGACGGUGUUUCAAACAUUUGUGCCUUGUCUACUGCAUCCCUAAAAUAGCUUUGUAACAAAUUCAGUAGUUGUUUUUAGAAGGCAAAUUGUUUUUUUCAGGACCAAGCAGAACCUUAUGCACGCUUGUAUUUAAAUAAUAAGAAAGGUUGCAGGUAGAAACAUCAGUUGGCUGAAAGAUGUUAUGUUUUCAUUUUGGGGUUUUAUGCUGUCAGUUGAUUUUGAACAUACUUAAGCAUCUCUAGUUCAAAAUUCUUACUAUACUGCUUCUGAAAUUGUAGCGAAUAAACACAUUAUUGUUGCUAACCCUUUAUGCACAUUAGUGUUUCUAGUUGAACUCAGAAUUCUAUUAUUCUUUCUCUUAGUCUUAAUCAGUGAAUUGUGGUGUGGAGAAAACCUGCAACUAACUUAUUUUACAACUGCUUUUUUUUUUCAGUGCAGUGUUUUCUUUAUAGGGAGAGACUCUUUCUUUAUUAUAUUAACCAUAUAAUAAAAAAUUCAUUUGUCUCAAUCAACUUGGAUAAUUUAAGGUAGGAACUGCUGUCUCAACAUGCAAGUGGGCAGGAUAAGGUCUCAGUGCAAUACACUUCCCUCAUGCCAGGGUCUCAGUAAAAGAUACAUAAGGUACACUUUUGAUAACUCUGUCCCAAAGCUGUUGAUAUAAAGAAAACUGUUUCUUAGUUUCAGAAUUCCGUGGUGGUGUCUUUUCUUGAAAAUGUUGAAAUGGUAUAUCUGAAGCACUUCUCUUGGGCUUUCCAUCUUUCCUCAUGUGUUUUAAUAUCUCAUGCUUGUCCUGGCAUACUAAGAAUAUAAAAAUCAUCUUGAAAGAGUAAAUCUUUCUGUUUUAUUCCCCUAAAGUAUUGGUGAGUUUCGUUUCUUUACACUGUAAUUUACAAUAGUAGGUUAUGAUUAAAUAUUACAACUGGUAACUUCUAAUGAAAGCUGUAAUAAUUUUUCAUAAUCUAAUACUAGAAUACUGUGCUUCAUGCAUUUAAAGAUAAAAUCUAAUGAGCUGUUUUGGAAACUAGAUCGUUGACUUAGAGUGAUUAUGAGUCUGCUUGUUUGAACAGCAUUUCAGGCAGACAGAAUAGACUGUCACAGUCUAUAGUUGAUAAUGAAAUGAUACAUAGACCACUUUUUAGUGCAGGAACCCUCACUUCCAUAUGAAAGACGACACUGUGUUGAUACUGUGUUUUAUCCAGGUAUCCCAGAAUGAUGCUGCUCAUUUUCUUUAUGUUCUACUUCAACGUACUUCAAGAGAAUAGAAGAUGGAGCAAUUGUCAGAUGAAGAGCUUGACCAUGGUGCAGAAGAAGAUAGUGAUAAGGAAGAUCAGGAUCUUGACAAGAUGUUUGGGGCCUGGCUGGGUGAACUGGACAAACUCACACAGAGUUUGGAUGCAGACAAGCCUGUGGCACCAGUGAAGAGGUCACCUCUCCGCCAGGAAACCAAUCUUGCCAACUUCUCAUAUCGUUUCUCCAUGUACAACUUGAAUGAAGCCCUGAAUCAAGGGGAGACUGUGGAUCUGGAUGCCCUCAUGGCUGAUCUCUGUUCCAUAGAGCAGGAGCUCAGUAGCAUUGGCUCUCAUUCAGCAAACAAUGCUGCAGUGAAACGCCUUGCCACGGAACCCAAAACUCAGAAACCACCUGCUAGUCGACCUUCCACUAAGCACAGCAGUGUGAAAGGAUUGUCCUCCUCUGCUAAGGUGACUAAACCAUCCCAUGCCAACGUGUCUCUGGAUGACAUCACUGCACAGCUAGAGAAGGCCUCUUUGAGCAUGGAUGAAGCAGCCCAGCAGUCUGUUGCAGAAGACACCAAGCCAGUGGUUACUGCCCAGCACAGGAGGACAGCAUCUGCUGGCACAGUGAGCGAUGCUGAGGUGCGCUCCAUCAGUAACUCCUCCCGUUCCAGCGUGACCUCGGCAGCUUCCAGCAUGGACUCCCUGGACAUCGAUAAGGUGACAAGACCUCAGGAGCUGGACUUGACAUCACAAGGGCAACCAAUCACCGAGCACUCCUAUUUGGACAGGGAAACCUCCCUUCUUCUGAGAAACAUUGCAGGAAAGCCUUCUCAUUUGCUGACCAAGGAGGAGCAGGCUGCUAAACUGAAAGCUGAGAAGAUUAGGGUUGCAUUAGAGAAGAUUAAAGAAGCACAAGUGAAAAAGUUGGUGAUAAGAGUCCAUAUGUCUGAUGACAGCUCAAAAACAAUGAUGGUGGAUGAAAGACAAACAGUGAGACAAGUAUUAGACAAUCUGAUGGACAAAUCACAUUGUGGAUACAGUUUAGACUGGUCAUUAGUGGAAACGAUCUCUGAAUUGCAAAUGGAAAGGAUCUUUGAAGAUCAUGAAAAUUUAGUUGAAAAUCUCUUGAACUGGACAAGAGACAGUCAAAACAAAUUAAUGUUUGUGGAACGUAUAGAGAAAUAUGCACUUUUCAAGAAUCCACAGAACUAUCUUCUGGGGAAGAAAGAAACCUCUGAGAUGGCAGACAGAAAUAAAGAGGUGCUACUAGAGGAAUGCUUCUGUGGAAGUUCUGUAACUGUGCCAGAGAUUGAGGGAGUUUUGUGGCUGAAAGAGGAUGGUAAGAAAUCUUGGAAGAAACGUUACUUCCUUCUUCGGGCCUCUGGAAUCUACUAUGUCCCUAAAGGGAAGGCGAAGGUCUCACGGGAUCUUGUGUGCUUUCUACAGCUAGACCAUGUCAGUGUUUACUAUGGACAGGACUAUCGGAACAAAUACAAGGCACCCACAGACUAUUGUUUAGUGCUAAAGCAUCCUCAGAUCCAGAAGAAGUCCCAGUAUAUCAAAUAUCUUUGCUGUGAUGAUGUAAGAACUCUACACCAGUGGAUCAAUGGCAUCCGCAUUGCUAAGUACGGGAAGCAACUCUACAUGAACUAUCAGGAAGCAUUGAAGAGAACAGAAUCAGCAUAUGACUGGACCUCCUUGUCUAGCUCCAGUAUCAAGUCAGGCUCCAGCUCAUCUAGUUUGCCAGAAUCUCAAUCAAAUCAUUCUAAUCAGUCUGACAGUGGAGUUUCUGACACCCAGACAGCUGGACAUGUCCGUUCCCAAAGCAUUGUCAGCUCCAUGUUCUCUGAGGCCUGGAAACGAGGCACUCAACUGGAGGAAUCCAGCAAGGCCCGAGCGGAGCCUGUAGGUCGGCCCUUCGUGUCCGUCGCAGCUCCCGUGUCCCCGCAGACGAAAGCGGUGACGCCCUACACAGCAUCGCAGCCGUCCCCGCCGCUGCCCCCGCCCCCGCCGCCGCCCCCUCCGCCCCCGCCCCCGCCGCCGCCCCCUCCGCCGCCGCCCCUGCCCAGCCAGGCCGCCCCGUCCGCGGGCUCGCCCGCCACCAUGUUCGUCAAGUACAGCACCAUCACCCGGCUGCAGAACGCGGCCCAGCACGGCGGCCCUUUUUCCAAAGCCCCUGCUGCACAGCAGGCCCCGCCGCCGCCCCCGCCCUCGGCAAAGCCUCAGAUCCUGGUGCCGCCCAACGGGGUCAUGCCUCCCCCCCCGCCCCCGCCGCCGCCCCCCACACCGGGCUCGGCCAUGGCGCAGCUGAAGCCGGCACCUUGUGCCCCCUCUGUGCCGCAGUUCACGCCGCCGCCGCCGCCCCCCAAGAUACACCAGGUUCAACCAAAUAUAAGCCAGGCCGCUGUUGCCUCCUCGUUGCCACCACCUCCUCCUCCUGUGCCUGCCCCACCACCACCCCAGGCACCCCCAAAGCCUGUCAUGGCAGCUCUGCCCCCUCAGCCUAGUGGGAAGGCAGCGUCACCAGGGGUCACGCACGUCACUCCCCCUGUGACUGCAGCCUUGCCCCUCGCAAUAAAGAAACAACCGAGUGUCACAUCUCCCCAGGUGCCUCCUCUGCCCCCGGCUCCUCCCGGCCCCACUCCCCCUGCAACAUUCCCAAAGCAGCAGAGUUUCUCAGUAAAGCCUCCUCCAUCCCCUCAGUCCCCAGUGCCCUCGGUGGUGAAGCAGAUAGUCAGCCAGUUCCCCCCUCCUCCCACGCCACCUGCCACUGAGCCCCAGCCUCUGAAACCCCUUCCGCUGAGUGUGGCCCCACAGUCACCUCCAGCAGUGAAGGCGAAGCCCAAAUGGCAGCCUGCUGCUGCUCCUUCACCAGAUUUCCCCCCUCCUCCACCAGAGAGCAGUUUAGUGUUUCCUCCUCCGCCUCCUUCCCCAGCUUCCUCUGCAGGUUCUCCCCCGCCUGACAAAUCAGGGUCUCCAGUAAAAAAGGCCGGCAAGACAUCAAGCCCUGGAGGGAAGAAACCACCUCCAACACCUCAACGCAACUCCAGCAUCAAGUCCACGAGCUCCGCUGAGUACCACGAGUCCAAGAGACCUUCAGUGGACCGCCUUGUCAGCAAAUUUGCACACUCCCCAGAGCCGUCAGGAUCUCCUUCCAAGGAGUCAUCGCCUCCUCCAGCCCCUCCAAAGCCAGGAAAGCUCAACCUUUCUGGUGUGAGCCUGCCCAUUGUCCUUCCACAAGGCGGGAUCCCAGCCAAGGCUUCUGCUCCGAGUGCAUCUGGAAAGGAACCUGUGGUUGAAUUCCCUUCACCACCAUCCGAUUCAGACUUCCCACCGCCACCACCUGAAAUAGAUCUUCCUCCGCCUCCAGUAGAAAUUCCAUCUGUGUUUUCAGGCAGCACCUCCCCAAAAGUUGCUGUUGUAAAUCCCCAGCCACAGGCGUGGUCAAAACCAUCUGUGAAAAAAGCCCCACCGCCCACACGCCCCAAGCGGAACGACAGCACCCGACUGACACAGGCGGAGGCUGCAGAGCCCCCAGCGUCAGCUGGCCCGCAAGUGCCCACCUCACCCAAGUCCAGCCUUAGCGUUCAGCCGGGAUUCCUGGCAGACCUCAACCGGACGCUGCAGCGGAAAUCCAUCACCCGGCACGGCUCGCUCUCCUCCGCGCGGAUGUCCAGAACGGAGCCCACGGCCACCAUGGACGACAUGGCCCUGCCUCCACCCCCGCCAGAGCUGCUGGCUGACCAGCAGAAGACCAGCGGCUUCGGGGGCAGUCAUAUAUCUGGCUAUGCAACGUUACGGAGGGGGCCGCCCCCCGCACCCCCCAAAAGGGAUCAGAACACCAAGCUGUCACGGGAUUGGUAGUCGGUCUCCAGGGCCGGUGCUCUCCGUGACUUGUGGGCUGCUCUGUGAUCGGCCAGCCCGUGAUCCCCGUGCAUGUGGAGAGGAUGUGGGGAUGUGGAUGAUAGCCCUAUUAAAAGAGGUGAUCUCAAACUGCAGCUAUGGCUAAAUGUAAAGACAUUCCCCUUUCAUGCCUAGGUUAAGAAAGAUGGGGGCUUAGGGGUGUUGAUACUUUAUUGGGAAAAGUGGGUAGAGAGGUGUUGGCUUCAUUCUUUCAGUUUCUUUUACCUUCUUAUGGAUUGGACCAAACCCCCAUUUUCUCACUUUUUCUGCAUUUAGGGGAGGGGGAGGGAGAUAAUUUUUUUGUAGUGUCUGUCCACGUGAGACAUGUUUGUGCAUGUAUAAUAAGUGUAGGUAUAUAAUAUAUUGUGAUAUAUUUCGUCGCAAUUCUAGAAGAUAACCAGAAUGUUUUUGUAGAACCGUAUUUAUUGUUUCAGUCAGUAAUAUUACCUGGAAUCGGACUCUUAACUGGUCAAAUCUUACCAUAAAAAUGGAGAUGUAGGGGGCACUUUAAAGAAAGGAAAUAAAAAACCCAAUCCCACAAACUUCUCAGCAGUUUGUGGUGGGUAAAUUCUGCAAAGCUGAGGUGUUCGGCUGGUAACUGUACGUUGUCCAUUGAUUGAAAAGUACAGAUGUAACAUACCAAAACAUUCUGGUCAUAAUACUACUGAAAAUGAGUAUGUUCAGAGGAAAGAAAUAGAUUUUAUAUAUAGUGGGCUGGAGUGAAAUAUAUUUAUACUAUAAAGAGCCUCCCCCUCCUUUCAAAUAGUUUAAAAAUAUACACUGAUAGAAAUUAUUUCAAACUUAUUUGUCCAUGCAGUUAAGUAGGAUAAAUAUUAUUCCAAACCAUUAUGCAUUCUAACUGAUAAUAGGCUCAAUCAUGUGUUUCUGUGGCUCAAGAUGAAUAUAUUUGUGUUAACCCCUUCUGAAAGCUGCCAGGACUCCUGCAAUUGAAAAUCCUGCCAACCCCCAAGGCUGACCCACGCCGAUCCGUGAGCUGUCCGUGUAACUCUUUCCCUGAAUGAACAGGUAGGUCUCUGUAGAAAGCGCUGUGUGCUCACACAGGCAUGCACAGUGUCCAGUCUCACCUGGUCUGGGCCUGGUAAGAUGUAGUGUCUUCACAAAAACAAGUGUCUGGAAAUAUGUGAAGAAAGUAUUGUUUGUAAUUGAUUCGAAAUUGUCAGGAAACUUUCCCUUCUGGAAAAAGAGAAGGGAGCAGUAAUUUCAGGACAAGCAGAGUAGGAAUUGUCUCUCUUUGACCUGCCAGAGACUGUGACCAGUGCAUUAACCUGUCUAUUACAAAGUUGCACUUACAGCAGUCAAGGAAAAAGACUAGAAAUAAAACAGCCUUAGAGAGGCAAUAACAUUUGCUAAGAAUUUCAUCUAAGGGCCCAUAUGAGUAGAAAAUAGACUAUUGGUUUGCUUGUUUUUUUAGUCACCGAUUUCCAAUCGGUCACCACAGCACACAUGACAGUCCUUUUUCUUCAGUGGCUCAUUGGGUGGCUUGAUUGUACAGUCUUACCCACGUAUUCAGACCUUGUGAUAAGGUAGUGUAAGUGGUUUUACGUAUCACUGCACGUUCCUUGCAGGGUGGUGGGACACAGCCUUUGUAAAACAACUAAAAUGCUGGGACUGUAACUACCCCAUCUUCAGCUGUUACAGCUUCCCUUGCCAGCAUGGGGAUAUUGUCAAUACGUAGUGUCAAUAGGCUCAUAGGGCAAAUAAUUUCACUGUUUGCCUGCUUUUUCUCCAAAAGCAAACUUUAAAUGCUUUCUUUUUCCCAAAGAAUGAAACAAAGACAGCAGCUUGACCUGGCAGUAUCUGCACAUGUGUAAAACUAAUAUAAACUAAUCUCUAAAGUAAUUCAGGAUGAUACAUUUAAGAAAUAUUGUGACAGUGUCCCCCAUUCUUUUUUUUUAUAGUUUUUUUUAAAGUCCAAAUAAUGAAAUAAAUGUCUUUGUGAAUAUUUUAUGAAUAGGAAAAAAAGUUUUUCUAAUUUGAGGUGGAAAAUUACACAUCUAUAACUAUAUAGUUUAAAAUAGGUGCAUCAUGAAAAGAGAAAAAAUAGUGGUGCUGUCUCUGCUGAACUGUUUCAUAUGAUUUUUUUAAAAAUCUGUUUCAGCACCUCUGGAAAUUGUUUUAAUAUUUCAGACUAGAUUUUUUGAGCAAUAAGAGUAUAUACCAUUAUGUGCAUUUUUUAAAGCACUGCUAUGGAAAGGCACUUUUUUGUAUCUUUCAAAUUGUUCACCAAGUUUUGUUUCUACUAUUUUUGUGCUUACAAAGUGUCCUUAAAAGCAUUUGCAUUGUUGAUUUUAAGCAUGCUCAGUGUAGCUGGUGACUAACUUCACAGAAGGGUUGUUAAGCUAUACUGCAGUUCAUGGGUGCUGUAAUUUUCACGUUGCUCCUCCUGUGCGCAGCUCCUGGGGCUCAGACACACCAGAGGGCAAAAGGUGCUCGCUACAGCUGUAACUGCUCGGCCCUUAGCCGUGACAGGCAGGUGGGCACAUUCUCCUACUCCGGGCAAGAUGCACCUGGCCUGAUGCAACAUGUGCUCCCAGGUGAGAGCAGUCAGGGAAUUCUGCUUGCCCCACCUGCUUUUCUUUUCCCCAGGACAACCUCACUGGUGUGUGUCAGUUCCAGCCCUUUUACUGUAGUUCAUUCAGUGCGGGUACCUCUGGGCUUUGGACUCGGCACAUCGAUGUUUUGAGUGCAAUUUCUUCAGAGGGAUUUCAGCUUUGUUCUUGUUUUCUUGUGUCCACAUUUAUUUCCGCAGUAUCUCUCCCUAGACAGUUAAUCCAUGCUUACUACUGCAGGCUGCCCACAGCUUGCUGGUGGGAGACAGUUGUUUAACUCCUAAGUCUGCAGCAAAAAGAAUGAGUGUCAGCAAAGGUGGCACCCUGUAUUCCUUCUAGUUACAGUUUCCUUCCUAAGGCAGUAGUGAUCCACUUGCUGCUUGCUUUCUCUCAGCUGAGCAUGAAAAUUUGGCUACAGUGUGGUUCAGACAACCUGGUCGCCUUUUCAGGUUAUGAGAUACCCCCCAUUGUAACUUGCUUUUCCAGUAUAUUUACUGGUUUUGUGACAAUGAAUAUUUACACCUUACUUUGCAAGUAAGUUGUUUUCCCCCAUGUGCAGUCAUCUCAUAAUUGCACCAUAAUAUUUUUUUAAUCAGAAAAUUAAGGGGCUGGAUUUUAGACAUCCAGGAAGAGGCUUCCUGCUACAAGCAUGGGCAGUAAUACUUUUGGCAGUUUUAAAAUGGGCAUGGGAAGGCUGAGUGUUCACACUCCAGACACAAAAGUGCUUUGAUCCCAAAAUACGCAGAGUGUAUGGCUGGAGUUGCGUUCCAUGAGGCAGAGCACAGGCUGGCCACUUGUUAAGGUGGGUGUCAGGGGACCCUGUUCCUGCAAGGGCAAUGGAGAGGGCUGGGCUGUGUUCGUUAAUCUUUUCCACAUUCGGUCUUCAUUUCCUCUCUAGAAUAAUAGAGCAUCCACCUCUGAGUACCAGAGCCCUGUUCAGCCAUGUGUCAGUGCCCGCAGCUCAGGUGUGGAAAGCAGGGAGCUAUUCUCAGAUGCUUACAUCACAUGCAGGUGCUGGGGAGUUGCCUUGAAAGGGAAAACUAGGCUCUUCUAGCAGCACUAAGCUUACAUGAGAAACUGCUUUUAAAACCAAAAGAAACCACAGGUUCUAAACAAACCACAGGUAACAUGUUUCAGGUGGCUAUGCUAGGGGCCCUGUUUUGUUUUUUAACACCUGUAGCUGGGAGAGGAAGUUAGGCACAAGUGUCUGAAUCUUCUCUUAUUUUCUGUGGAAGAGGAAGUUUCCUGCUUCACCCUGCACAGUGGUUUCCUCAUGUGGCAAACCACCCCUGACUGCUCUGACUUGGUGAUGACCUCAAAGCCAAAGAGCUCCUCUCCUGAGCUUACUCUGCACUUAUCUGCAGGGCAACAGUGAGUAACACAUCAGGGAAACAAAGUGCUGGUCCCUGGAUGAUUUGGUUUCAGGUCUGAGGGGAGAGGAAGCAGUUUUUUCAACAAGUGCAUUUUAACAUUUACUGUUCUGGGCUUGCACAUUUAAAGAUUUUCUGAUUUCCUUCUUUCCGUGCCCUUAGGCAACCAGAUAAAUCAUAUCAGCUCAGAGAUAAAGUGUGACCAGUCUUCCUCUCACUUAAUUUUUUUUCCCCACAGUUUAAGGAACCAAAAGUGCCAUUUCAACAGCAGAAGGGCAAAAAGAAAUUUUCUGCUUUUUACAGAAAACAGCAUAGAACCAAAUUGUUUUUGCUGCAGUGGUACUGUUGCAGGUAAAUUUGUUUCUUAUUCAAAAUAAGAUUAUAAGUGGGUCCUAAUACAAGUAUUAUUUCCACUAGUGUCAUGUUAAAAUCAGUUGCACUCCAGAAAAGCAGUAAAAGGUAGUGAGGAUGAAGCCAGAACAUGGGAGUUUGGUUGCUGGGUUUUUUUUCUUAUAGCAUUACUAAGGUGUGGAUUACGUACUCAGUCACACAGCGCUCCUCAGCUGCAGGUGAGUCUUACUACUUUGGGGCCCAUUUGUGGCACCUGGUGUUGAGCUCUGCAUUCAUUCCCUUGCACCACUGGGGCAGACUCCAAACCAGACAGGAUUUUACACUACAAGGGAUAGUUUCUCUUGGGAUUUUUUGCCACAUGCUAGUGGGAUUUUAAGCUUUAUUUUGGAAUUCUGAGUUUGCUAAGCUGAGUAAUUUUCCGUUCUGAAUUUUCUUUCCUUCAAUUAAAAAAUGCCCAUGAAGGGGCAAAAAAACCCCAAAACCAACAGGGUUUUGUUGCGGGGCAGCACUCACUAAUGCUGUGACACAAGCUUGGUCUAGCUGUGAGAAGUUUAAGACACUAAACUGCAAAAGAGAUGAAAAACACACACUAAUCCAGCACCACGUAAAUUACUCUAAUUGCUACUAACCAACUACGGGGCUGUUAGUGCCUUGGGUAACGAUCAUUUGGUGCUCUGAGGCACUCGGUGGGGCAAGGACUCGGUGAGCUCUCUGCUCAGCAGAUGGAUCUUGGGUAAAGGGGAGUUAGAGAAGGUGGACUUGGAGGGACAGGAACUAGAGAGAGUUCCUGCACUAGAGAACAGUGCUGUAGGAAUGAAUGAGAAGGACCUUCAGUAACAGAUUGUGGACACUACCCCCCCAUUAUUUAAAUGCUUGAAGGCAGCUUAUCUUUUAGGAGAUUUUGGAACUCAACCAUUUGCUACAGUGGAAAAUAAUUUCCUUCUAGCUUUCCCAAGAUGCCAAAGAUGCAUUCUGAGUUCAAUACCACGUAUGCAGAUGUGUGUACACCAGUCUCUUGUUGCCAGGGGUCUCAUACUGCUGGUCUCUAGCACGUGUCUGGUGAGAGAACAGGGUGCCACUCUUAGAUGUUGUGUGUUGCUUGCUUUUAACCAACACUGGGAACUGGGUACACACUUGCAAAGGACAGUUUAGCAAACAAAGCUGUGCCCAUGGCACGCUGCUGGCUGAUUUGGUGCAGCACAAUAACGCUUGCACUUUUAAAAGAAAAACUAAAUGUUUUGUCAUAAGUUUUAAUUGGAAAUCGUAGGCCUCCUAGUGGACUGCAGUGGACCAGAAAUGAACUGGAGCAGCAGCUGGGUUUAUAGCUUACACUAAUUGUUACCAGUCAUUGGGAAUAUUCUGUAUAAUACUGGAGAUGCAAGUGUAAGAAGUGUCAUUGCAAUGAUGAUUUGUCUGUGCAGCAAACUUGUGCUGAGUGCUGUAAAUACAUUCAUGUUUACUGCUUUAAAAAGAAAAUUGCACAUUUUAUCUUUCAAUGGGAUUGCCUCCCCUCUUCUUCCCUUUCCAAACAGGAAAAAAAAAAAAAAUCAAAGCUCUUUUAGACUGAUAGUGUCAGGUUGGGGGGAGCUUUGCCAUAUUAUAAAUAUAUAUAAAUAUAUGUAUAAAUAUACUUUUUUAAGCAUGAGAGAGGACAAAAGAAAUACUACAUUAUAGAGUACCCAAUAUAGAUCAUUAUACAAUGGAAUAUGCACAAUUCAAUAAAGAUGUAGUUAAAUUUAAUACUCUGUUUUAAUCCUCUGUCUUGCAAUUUUCCUUUUUCAUGAGCUUAGACCCACACUGUGUUUUCAGGUCAUCAGUGGUUUCUCUCAAUAGGGGUCAGGUAGCUGAUGGCCAUUCCUGUGCUCACUCCCAAGGAAGCUGCUGCUAUUCCUUUGCUCCAUUCUUCCCGCUGGGUCAGAGCUGGCUGUACCAGCCAGGUGCUGCACACCAGUUACAGGUCAAAAGAGGACCCGUCUGAAGGCUCACCUUUCCCCUCUGCUCCUUGCUCGGGCUUGCGGAGUCCUGGCCAGCUGUGCUACACAGAACAGCUGCUGGCUGCUACGUGCUGCUACGGCCCCGCUCUGGGGGCUGUAGGGAACCUGGCUGGGAAAUGCUCUCAGCCUCACCCUGCGGCGCUCAGCAGCAGCGAUUUGAGAAUGACAUUAGUGAGUGCAGGCAAGGGGCAGCCCCACAGAGGGCGAGGAGCUGCUGAAGGCAGCAGGCCAGAUGCCAGGUGUACCUUUGCAGCGGGAAGUGCUGUGCUCGGAGAGCCUCAGGGACAGACUCCUGCACACGCAAGCCAUGAUCCCUGGCCCUAGUGCGUUGAAGUGUGUAGCCAAAGACAAGGAAUGUGACACAGCUGUGCAAGCUCACAGAACACAUGAGGUGUGCUUUGUUCUUUUUAUUUAGGGCUCAUAACAAGAGGGUUUAGUACACAGCAACAAUUAAUUCCAAGUACAAUUAAAAAAAUUUAAAAAUUGGGUUUUGCACUCACUGGAAGGUGGUUCAAAUGGCACACACACUAAAAUGUUACUGGCGGCAUAGAGCUCCCCAGAGUCCUGUGGGCUUGGUCAUUUACAGUGGGCUCUGCAUCCAUCCACUGCAUCAGCAGUGCCAAAAGCAAAAGCAGAGUGUGCUGCUCCAACUGCAAACCAAAGGGGGGAUAUCUGCUUUCAGAAAAAAGUGCAUGGACAAAAUCCAUGUUAGACACUGACAUCUCCAGAGAAUUCAUAGAAACUACUUGUCCAUGCAAGUUGCAAAAGACACUUUUUCAAAUGUGAAAAGAAGCACUUGUUCUUUACAAAAAAAAAAAAAUCUUGGACAUGUCAGCACUUACUGAGGCGCUGUAAUGGAAAUAAAUUUGUACAUAGCUCUUCUUAUUAGUCAGUAGUGGUAGGAUUCUUCAGAGGUGUAAAGAGAAACUGGAAUAAACAUCCUGCACCCAUUUCAGCAGGGUCCCCAUGUCAGUCUUCAGCAGGGUCCUGGGUUUAGGUAAGCCUCUGGACAGCACGCCCCUGCUGCCAUCACUGUCUUGUAAUAUGUCUUGUAAUAAGCACAGGUGCUAAUAAAGUUAGUACAUUUAGAGUACCAAAAAAAAAA